AUGUCACAUACAGUUAUCGAUCACCAAAUAAUUCCCUUUUACAUCUUCAUUAAGUUCCAUGAUAUCAAACAGAACAUUCAUGAAUCUGAUAAAGUGCACAGCUAUGCAAUCUUACGGAGACUAAGUUUUAUGGCGUGUAACCCUAAAGUUAGAGUUGACAAUAAAGAGAUAACAAUUAGGCACAAAUACACUAUAUCAAUAACUAGCUAUGCAGAGCGGUAUGAGUUGUUGUCAUUAAAAUGUGACGCAAUCUCGCUUGAUACUUUACUAUUUAUUGGCCUUUUUACACAUAUCAAGUCUUUCUCUUUCUUUCGCCUACUUAUAUUCCCAGAGUUUGGCAGCACCAGCAGGAGCCCGAUAGAGCUAUUUCAUGACGGCAAAAAGGCCACGAUUUGUGAUCCAAUAGAGCCAAAAUAUUACCCCCCACCAGGAAAUGUUGUCCUAAAAUUAGCGUCCAGACUGUCCAGACUGUCCCGCCAAGCUGUUCGUAAAGUUCCCCAAAAUCUAAAGGCUCUGAGCUCAAUUUGA